CGUAUAAGAGAGACGUGCAUUCUAUGCAUGAGCGACUUCGUGACAAGACUCAUCUAACGUUUCUCCCAUGAUUCCUUUUGUUUUUAACUGUCAUUGCCUACAGCCAUAUUAACAUAAGGCAGUCGUCUGCGAGGAUGAACCAUUCUGGAUUAUUUGCAGUGGCCUUCUGUUUCAUAGCAACAAUAUGCAUAACUUUAGCACAAUUGGAAUGUGCGAGGUAUGCACUGUGUGUCGACAGUAUGUUCAAGAAACCGAACGUGAUUGAGACACGCUUCAAUAACUCUUUCAUCGAUUCGGUUAAGCUUCUAGAGCGAUAUUCGUACUACAGAUGCGACCCUGCAGAAGAGAAAUACAGUAUUGGGGCCAACAGCAAAGAGUGGUGGGUUUUCCGAGGUUGCGGAGGGGUUUUUGAAGUGAAAGAAUGUGCAGAAGACGCCAAUGUUGCUCUGCAACAGAAACCCAAAGAGAUGAUUAAAAACCACCAUCGUGAAAUCGACCGGAAGUGUCGUCAAGACCUUGGGCUAGUAAAACCAGAGAAAGUAUCCGAGUCAUUUUAAGAUGUCGAAUUUUGACUGUGCUCUUCAAGAAUAAUAAAUGAAUUUAUUUAUUGUCAA